AUGUUUGCUAGAUUGCAUGGAAAGAAACAAAGACCAAUUUCUUCCAUCAAUUCACAAACUCCAAGGACUAGCAAUACAACUCAUGCAAACAGCAUAUCCUUAUCAUCGGGUAAUUUGAUAGUAGGUUCAAAUAGAAAUUUGAGAGAACCGAAAGAGCAAUUUGGUUCUCAACAAAGGGCUUCCAAUAGAAACCUAAUUUUAGAUAAGGAAAACGACAAUAAUAUCAAUAACAGUGGUGACAAUAAUUAUGACAAUAGGGAGCAGGUCCACCGCCAUCACAUUGCAGGACUGAAAAUAAGGGCAUACCAAGCGGAAUUAGGCUAUCAUGAGUCCCGAUUUUCAGAGAAUCUAGUGAUGCUAAAUAUGAUUGAAUUCCCGGAUAUAAAACCUGGUGAUUUGGUAGAAUUAAAAACAUAUCAUAAAAAUCCAUCUGCAUCGAACGGAGAUAAGAAAAUUUAUUUUAUUGCAAAAGAUUUUGACGAAGAGACCAAGAGAAGGGCAAAAACUUCUAAUGUUUCGAUACUUUCGGGUCAAUUGCAAUCUCUGUUAGAUUUGCCUUCUAGGUCUAGGAUAUGGAUAAAAUUGAAACCCAACAAAGCCGACUUACAGGCUGAUGUAGUAGAGUUCAAUAUCAAGGACUGCUUACUAAAUAGAGGUGAUAUGUGGGUUUUGUCAUCUAAGCUGGUAGAUACAUGUGUGUUUAUGGAGCAAAGGUUAGCAUUUUUAGACUCUAUCAGAGGUACUAUUAAGGGAAUUUAUCGAAAUGGUAAGAAAAUUGUUUCUGGAUAUAUUGGCGAACAAACAAGGAUAAUUUUUCGAUCCGAAUCUGCCAGGCUGAUUUUUUUGAUUCAGAUUACUGAUGAAAUGUGGAACUUCGAAGAAACUGGUGAACAGUUAUUUCAAAAAAUGGUUAAUUCAUUUUUCCCGAAGAUCUUUAAGAAAUGGAAAGAUAUAGACACUCACCACACUAUUACUAUAGCUUUCGCUAUAUCAAUGGACUUGUCUGAUACCUCAUUUAAGGACUUAACGCCUGGCGAAUCUUUGAAAAAUUCGAAAGAUUAUUUUAGGAUAGUCGUAGAUCAAGUCAGUAUUAUCCAUUGGGUCGAUAUUAUGGAAACAUUAAGAGAAGAAUUUAUGGAAAUUAGGAAGGAUUUAUUAAACAAGCAAACGGAUAAAGGUUACAGUGUGGCUAAUGGAAGAUUUUCGCCUGUAAUCAAGUCGAACUUUCUCGAAUUGGUCAAUUUUGCCACAACAAUUUUAACCGAUCCUUUUAAGCAAUUGGACCUUAGACACACUACAACGCACGUCAUGAUUAUUUCGCCCGGAUCAGGAUUAUUUGACGUUGAUUAUAGUUUACUGAGGCUAACAGGAAAAAAACUGCUUUCUCUUGAAAUGACAAUGGAUUUGAUCUGUCUUUCAAAAGCUCCAUUACACAUCGUUCCACUUUUUAGGUACCGAGACUUCGAGAAUAGACUUCACCAUUGCGUACCGCUUUGGUUAAGUGUUUUCUUUUGGAAUGAUCAUGCUAAAAAGAGUAACUCAGAAUGGACUCCAAGAUGUAAAAUUUAUGAUCUACAAAUGAUGGGGAUUACGGAAAAUGAACUUAUUCAGGAAGUAGAUGUUGAAUAUUUGCAGCUGAACAAGAAAAUCAAGUCAUUGUCUGAAUUUAUGAAUGAUUACGACAAGAAUGCCUUCGAGGUGAAAAUUUUACCUGCUGGAUCUAAUACAAAACUACCUAAUAAGCUAAAUUCAAAGUUUGAUACUGUAUUUGAGGAUGAUGUUGUUGUGAGAGCCAAAAAGAUCCCCGCAACAGCAACAACAACACACGGUAACACAAAAUUUAUAUGGAGAGGUCCAAAAGUUGCCAUUCCAGCUAUAAAGGAUGUUCAAAAACCAAAUGUGAUACCAGAUCUAUCAAUAAAAACGAUAGAAGCCUCUUUUUAUGAUGACUGUAAUACUACAAAUGAUAAAAUUAGCACUCCUAUCACUUCUAACAACGACAAUCUCGAAAUAAAUGACUCAUUGGUCUCUGUGAGAUCUACUGAUAACCAAAACACAUCUUUAGCGCUGGAUUCGCUUAAAGGACUAAGCAAAAGGAACUCAUUGAAAGAUUUUACUCAAAGAGUCAUUACAAAAUUCAUUUCCAACAUAGACACAAGUAAAAAUAAAGAAAUAAAGGCAACGUUUGUUAGAGAUGAUGCAGAUAACUCGCCUUUGGGCUCAAAUACACCGUUACCAUCUUCUGAAAGUAAGAUAAGUAACAUAAAAUUACAACAAAAAGGCUUGGCAGAUUACAGCGUUAUCAGUAAUGGUGGAAAUUUGAUAAUCAAGAAAAACUUAUCCAUUUUUGGGCUCCCUGGUAAGGAAAUUAUAAGCGGAUCACCCUCCUCAUAUUUAGGGUCAUCACAUACCAGAACAUCCUCCAAAUUUUCCAGUAUGUCUGACAAGGCUGCAUUCAUUACGGAAGGGCAAAAAUUAAAACCUGACGGCUCGAACACUCAUACCUUUGUAAAGCAAUUUAAACAUCCUAUAAAUGAAACCUGGGUGGAUAUCAAAAGUCCAUCAAUUCCGGUCAGUAACGAAUUUGCCAACGAAUUAUUGCCUAUACGUUGGAAAGAUGUAUGGCCAAAAUAUGUUGCCAAAAAAUAUAGUAAGUGGAGAUCUUUUACAACCCCGGCAGAAUUACCAAUCACUAUUUCUGACUUCCCAUCUAAGGACGAUUUUGAGAGGAACUUUAUCUUUAGGAAUCAUUCGGUGACUUUAAAUACGGAUCGGGAACAGUAUAACCAAACAUACAAAGACCUACUACGCGAUAUGAUCUACAUGCGAUUGUUGACUGGCUUUCAAAUCUGCGUGGGUCGACAAGUAGAAAAAAUUGAACUCUCUAGGGAAAGUGGUGACAGUGAAACUGUGGUGAACAAGUAUUUAGACUUCAGUCAAAAUAGUACGUUCAAGCUUUAUCUAAUGAUCGACUCUGAAAUACAUAGAAUAACAUGCUCGUCGAGUGGAAUUAUUGACGUAGAAAGAUAUUUGAGGAAUGAUGAAACAAACUUGUUUGAUCAAGUUCCUAGUUAUAUUCCGUUAGUUAAGACGAGAUAUGAAAGCACAUUUCGUGAUGCUAUGAUUGAUCCACUUCAUGUUAAAAGGGAAUCUUUGAACUGGAAUCAAAUUGAUCAGGUUCUAGCAGGUUAUGGUGAUUACUUAAUUGAUAGGAAAUGGCACGGAUUUCGAGCUAAAUACGUGGUGUUGCCAACAGAUAUCCCCCCCAACACAUAUUCUAUGGUCAUCAAUGGUAAAAGCGAAACCUUGAACCCUGAAGAAAUUAGAGUCGAAGGGUUAAGGAGAUUAAUUGGCUCAAUCACGAGAUCAAGACUAAGAACAGAAAAGGAGAAAAAGGGAAGAAAAACUAAGAGAGAAGAAAUACAGCCCGAAGUUAUGUUCUACACUGGCCCACUUUACAACUUCAUUAAUGAGCAACAAACGUCUCUAGAAAGCUCGACUAUAAAUUUUAAAGAUUCAAUUUUUGUUAAUGAUAAUAAUUUCUUGAACAAAAAUGUGGAGCUAUCCAAGUUAGCGUAUCAGAUUCAACGCGGUGAAGAUCGUAUUACUUUAGUCAACAGAAAAUGGCACUGGAAAAAGCAUGAAAAAUGCUUUGUUGGCUCGGAGAUGGUUAAUUGGCUCAUAAGAAACUUUUCUGAUAUAGAUACUCGAGAAGAUGCAAUUAAAUACGGGCAGAAGGUAAUGAAAGAGGGACUAUUUGUUCACGUUUUGAAUAAGCACAAUUUUUUGGACGGUCACUACUUCUAUCAAUUCUCACCCGAAUACGCAAUGGACACCAACAGACUAGAAAAAACAAAUUCUCAUCGCUCUACGUUAUCCGAUCCAAAGCAGAUGUUGAGGAAAGUAUCUUCCGGCAGCUCAAAUGAUCCAGGCGCAAUGACCCCUUUUUCUUCAGUAAUACCUGCGAUGAGCGCUUCGAACACUUCGGUUGCUGACGCCAAAGAACCGUCGCGCCCUAUCUUGAUGCUCAGCAACUCCCUUGUUAUUGAUGUAGAUCCCGCGGGAAAAUCCUCGAAGCAAGAAUCGUGUACUGUUCAUUAUGAUAGGGUUCAUAACCCAGACCACUGUUUUCACAUAAGAUUGGAGUGGUUGACCACCACCCCAAAAUUGAUUGAUGAUUUGGUUGGCAACUGGUCAAGGUUGUGCGAAAGGUACGGUUUGAAAAUGAUUGAAAUUCCUUGGGAAGAGCUUUGUACUAUCCCUUCAGUUAACCCAUUUCACUCUUUUGUUGAAAUUAAGUUAGCUAUCAAUCCUUGGGAAGAUCCUGAAUUCAAGGAUAGGGAGCUUUUCGCUAAAAGCAAGUUCUACUAUCACGUCUAUCUUCUGAAGGCAUCUGGGUUUUUAUUAGACAACAGGGCAUCCAAAUUUUUACAAAACCAAGAUAUAGAGUUUGAUAUCAUGUAUUCAUGGGGAAAACCGCAGUUCAAAUAUGUUCAAUAUAUUCAUCAUACCGGUGCUUACGUCGCAGAACUGAGGGAAAAUGGCUGCCUAUUUUUAGCCCCUAACAACAUUUAUAUAUCCAGAGUAAAUCCAGGAAACAUAAUCGGGAAAAUUCAUUCCGCUUCUAGCUCUGCAUUAGAUGCUCAAAAAGUGAUUCUGAAUUUCAAAUCAACUUGCUUGGACUACCGAAAACUAAGAUCAAUCUUCCUGGACGCAAAGGAAAUGUGGAUUACAGGAAAAAUUGUGGAAGACUAA